AUGACAGAAACAAUCAAAGUUACUCCAAUUUGUUUAUUACCAAUCGAUAAACUUCCAAAAGUUUGUGUUGUUGUAGGUGAUCCAAAUAGAGCCAAAUUAGUAUCAGAAAAAUUUUUCACCAAAUCAGAAUUAAUUUGUGCAGUCAGAGAAUAUCAUUGUUAUAAGGGUAUGUGGAAAGAUACAGAAAUGUUAGUUAUGAGCCAUGGUAUUGGUGGCGGUGGUGCAUCAGUUUGUUUCGAAGAGCUCAUCCAAGCAGGUAUCACAACUAUUAUUCGUGCCGGUACUGCUGGUAGUUUCGAUCCACGUUAUCGUGAAGGUAGUUUAGUCAUUGCUACUGGUGCCGUUAGAAGUGAUGGUGUUUCUGAAGGUUUAGUUCCAUUAGGUUAUCCAGCUCUUUCUGAUCACGAAGUCGUUGCCGCUUUAAUCGAAUCUGCCAAAGCCACACAAACCGUCAACUAUGGUGUUGGUAUUAUCACUACCGUUGGUCACUUUUUCGAUGGCCCACUCGGUAAUCAUAAUAAAUUAUGGGCUCGUUCAAAGGUUUUAGCUAUUGAAAUGGAAGCCUCCGUUUUAUUCAUUGUUGCUUCUCUCAGAGGAAUCAGAGCUGGUGCUUGUGUAAACAUUGAUAAUUAUAUUUUCGAAAGAGAAAUCUCAGAAAAAUACGAACCAAAUAGAGAAGUUGUCCACCAAGGUACUUUCAAGAUGUUAGAAGUUGCUUUAGAUUCCGCCAAAAAAUUAUCUUCAUCAUAA